AUGGCGGAUCUGACAGGCGAGCUUACUUCUGUCAUCCGAUCUAUUGAUCCUUACGUUCAUUUAUGCCACAAUUUGAGCACCGCCAUUUAUUCCAAGAGAAAAUCCAUGACGGUUUUAGAUUUUGCUGAAAUGUUUCCAUUGGAUGUGGCUGUUCCGGUAUUUGGUUACGCAUCACCCAUAGUAAUUUUGGUGACUUUAAUUUUGAAUUUCUGCGUGAUCAAGGUUUUAAGUAGCAGUAAAUUUCGCUCUCCGACCAAUGUGAUGCUAGUGACCAUAGCAGUUUUAGAUAUCUUAACUGGUUGUUUACAGUUACCAUGGUAUAUUCAUACCUACAGUCUCCACGGUUACAGACAACUCCCGGAUCAGUUCUGGUGUCAUUCCUAUUAUUAUCUGUUUCGAGUAACGCCUAUCAUUAUUCACACUGCGUCCUUAUGGUGCACAGCUCUUCUAGCCUUCCAGCGGUAUAUGGGAGUAUCGCAAUUACGGCGAAUCGGUUGUGUUUUCCAAUAUAAAGGACUCAUAGGAUGUUUUGUUACAAUCGGAGCCGGAUCGUUCAUAAUCCAUUCCUUUGCUUUAACCCUGGUGAAACUGGAUUCAGUUCAAGUUAUCAGCAAUGAUAUCAUAAAAGCAGAUGGUAGUCUGGCGUACACCAACACUUGCGCCAUUUCGUACAGAAACGCCGACUUCAGAAUGUAUUAUUCACAAUAUUAUGAAUGGACUCGUGCUUUCCUAGCUCAGAUAUUGCCUUGUGUCAUCCUCGGCAUAUUUAACCUUUUGCUAAUCAGAAUAACGAUCAAAGGCUACAGAUACAGACGCCGUUUAGUCCGAGGCAACAAAGCUGCUCAGAAUAGAGAGCUAAGAACAACAUUACGUAUGUCAAUCAUGCUCAUCCUUAUAACCGGAAGUACCCUUCUAGCAGAGACGUUUGUCGCCAUUUUACUCAUUAUUCAAACCUCACAAGAACAUACUGAAAUAGUCCUCGCUGAUCCAACGAAUGUUUCUAAAUCAAUGGUGAUUUCUAACUUUUUGAUAUUGUUCACGUUUCCUUUAAAUUUUCUUUUCUAUUUCUUAAUGAGUAGUAGAUUUCGACGCCAUUUUGUGAAUUGUUAUAUUCAGAGAAAACAUCGUCGUAUUGUGCCUUUAUUGGGGCAAUCUCAGAACAAGAAUGGAAAUGAUGAAGAUGAUGAUGACGACGAAGACGAGGUUGAUGCUGCUCCGCAGAUCUCUCCCGUUCAAAUGAACAAUUUUCAGAAAGAAGAAAAUUCACGCUACAAUUAUUCAUCUCAAACCAUGUAG